UUAGUUUUCAGUUGAUCAUACAAUGGGUCUUCUAGAUUCAAAGUUAUGUAUGAUGAUAUUGGCUGUUUCGGUUUUAAUAAUUGAUAUUAAUUUUGAAGCAAGAAUUGGAACAUUUUUUGAUCUCAGAUUACGUACGUCUUAUUUCAAAAAAUCUUCAUCGCCUCUGCUUUCACAUACUGAUUCUGAAGAAGAUCUGAAUUAUUUAUCGAAACAUGAAGACAAAAGACCAGUUGCUAUUGUAACUGGAAGUUAUGAAAGUGCUCACACUGGUCAUAUGAUGCACAUUCGAGAAAUGUUCGAGCAUACGGGAUACAAAAUUGUGACAAAAAAUGAGUUGAGUCUCGAUACGAAAUGGGAUGUUAUGUGGCAUCAUGAAUACAGUUUCACACAAGAACCAUUCAAAACUCUUAUUAAAAAUGCAUCUCCAAAUCAAAUUGUGAAUCAUGUUCCAGGUUCUGGAUUUUAUACGAGUAAAGUCCAAUUGGCAACAUCCGAUCUCUCAAAUGGAGUUCCAAAAGCUUUCCAGCUUCCUGCUGAAAAAUCAAAGCUUUUAGAAUAUGCUGAGAAAAAUCCCGAUGUAUUAUGGGUGCAGAAAGAUAAUACACAUAGAAACAUAAAAAUCAAAUCGACCAAUGAUAUGGACUUAAGCAAGAAUAAUUCUUUUGUCCAAAAAUUUGUAGACAAUCCAUUGCUGAUUGAUAAUAAAAAAUUUGAUAUUGGAAUCUAUACAGUAGUAACAUCUCUUCUGCCUUUACGUGUUUACAUUUACGAUGGUGAUGUUCUCAUCAGAUUUUGUCCAGAAGACUACCAUCCAUUUGAUGCGAAUAAUGUGGAUAAAUAUGUUGUUGGAGAUGACUAUACACCUAUUUGGGAGAUAAAUUCAUUGAAAAAAUACUUCAACACUCAAAAAAUGAGCUUCAAGAGUACAAUUGAUUCUUAUUUGGGAAUGCAAGGAAUGGAUACAAGCAAGAUUUGGUUGCAGAUAAGAAAUAUUAUUGGAGAGGUCUUCCGAACACAGCAAACAAAAAUGCUAAUGAGUCUUCAAAACUUGAAAUUAAAUCCACAAUACUUUGAAUUAAGCAGAUUUGAUUUUGUGGUCGAUGAUCAAUUGAACGUUUUUCUUAUGGAGGCGAAUAUGUCUCCUAAUCUCUCUUCAGGUCAUUUUAAACAAAAUCAAAUACUUUAUGAACAAGUUCUAAUGAACAUUUUCUCUCUAACUGGAAUUUCAACACCAAUUACAAAAGAAGCUGACAUCUUGUUCAAAUCACGUACAUCCGAACAAAAUCCUCUUGUUAACUCCCGAGACAUCAAUCUUCCGCUGAAAUUUUGUGUUGAAAAUAAAUGUGAAUCAUGUGAUGAGGCUCCAGAAUGCCAGCUAUGCGGACACUGUAUGAAUACAGAAACAAGGAAAAUACUGGAGCAGACUUUUGUGGAAAAUUCGAACAGGAAGCAGAUGAAACGAAUUCAGUUCGACUAUGAAAAUCAUCAUCCAUUAACAAAAGAAGAUCAUCUUCUCACAUUAUGGUUAAGCACCAAAUGUCAAUUGGAUAAUACGUGGUGUUAAAGUAGCGUGCUGUACAUUUUAUUAUUGUAUUGGCCAAAACUAUGACGGUCCCGGUUUUUUCAAAAAAUACUUAGAAAUUUUCAAAUGCAACUUUCUGGGAGUUUUUAAGACAAUCUUGCAUAGCGGGUUUUGAGAUUGAAGUUUUUUUGAAAGUUUCUCUUGAUCUCAUUAUUUUAUUCAGUAAAAAUUGGUCACCAACUGAACGUUAUCUUACUGUUUUUGAAAAAUAAAUUGAAUAUAUCGGAUAUAAGUAAUCAAUUUUAAUUUUCAAAUAAAUCAUUCCGUUUUUGU